AUGGAAGACUCAUCAGAGAGCUACCCAAUAAAAAUCAGAUCUGUCAAUUCUACCCAAUUUGAACUAUUCGUGACUUCAGACACCAAAGUCUCAGAUUUAAAAUCAAUGAUAAAGCAACAAACCCAAAUCCCUGAAGAUCAACAAAGGGUCAUUUAUAGAGGCAAACUUUUAAAGAAUACAGAAUCUAUAGGGACUUAUAAAAUAGAGCGAGGACAUGUCAUUCAGCUUGCAGCUGGAAGAAUUGUCCAAGAGCCUCCAGCACCAGAAGUAGAAGAGCCAAGAUCAGACACUUUAGGAGACAUUUUAAGACUUGCGUUAGAAACUAACCCAGCUUCACUGCUAAACCGCAGGAGGAGGCGGUAUAUUUCGCAUGUAGUUAUGACUCGACCUCAACUCCUUUUCUUCAGUCCUCUAGCUGUUUCAUUUUAAAUAAAACAUGGGGAAAAAAUGUCAAGUUCAUCAUUAUAAAUUUGACAAGCCAAUUAGUUUUUCAUGUGUAAUCUAAACUGAAACUGUCUGAGGGGGAGUCAAGAUAUCUAUAACCAUGCCAGCGCUAUAUCAUAGAAGAAGAGAAAUCGAUGCCAAUGAAAGACUUGAAGCUAUUAAACAAAACUUGCAGACUAUUGAAGGAAUGCUACAAUCAAUGAAUAACACUGUAAAUGAAGGAGAAAUUCAAGGCUUUGAUAACAACAGGCGACAAUUUGUGAGGGGGCAGUGACUCGACGUAAAAGAUACAGUCGAUCAGUGGCUUGAGGCACAAAUAAUUGACAUCCAAAACACCUCCCAAGGCACAAUGGCUUAUUUCCAUUAUAACGGCUGGCCAACGCGCUGGGAUGAAUGAAUAAAUAUAUCGUCUCCAAGAAUCCAGCCUCUUCACGCCCAUACAUUACAAUCAAUAAUAUCCCCAAUGCAUUCUCCAUUCCCCGUAAUCCCGAUAGACGCAGAAAAUGCCCGUGCUUCCGGUCCUUACGAUAUCAACGAGUUUAUCCUUCAAACAUCCUCUCUAUUAGAACAAAUAAAAGGCAUGAUGGAACGCUACUAUUCUUUAACUACCAUUCUAAGGCAUGAAAGAGCUGGAGAAAGAGUCGGCCCAAUGCGAGAAAGACUAAGUAUGCUGGAAAAUAGGCUUGAAGAAGAAAAAGAUUGGUCUCAAGACCCUCACGUCACAAAUUCUGAAGCCACCAUUGGAAGUGAUGUAGAAGAUUCUUUAAGUAUGGAGCUUGAAGAAAGCUUUGAAAGCAGAGAAACUGAAAUGACGACUGAACAAGAAUUAAUGCUUCUGACUGCACAAUUAGCACCAUUACUUGAUAGGACUGGAAGACUUCUGACUGAUCUUGCAGCGAUUAUUGGAGGGACUGUGCAGAGACCUCCUGAUGAUGCAGCCUCAGUAUCGUCAAGUCUGAUCACAAAUGAAAGUGGGAUUAGCAAUAAUAGUGCUAGGCCGCCUUUACAAAUUCCAGUUAUGCCGACUCCAAGUGAGCUUGCAUCGAUUAAUCCAAGAGUGUUUGGGCCAGAUAUUGAUAUUCAUAUACAUGCGAUUUUUCCACAGAGAGGGCAGGAGCAAGAACAAGAGAGAACUCCUUGUUGGAGACAAUUAUCAUAA